CUGUCAUGAAGGGUUGUUGGUUGUUGGUGUAAUGGAUUGCAUUUCCGGGUUAUCUACGGUGACCGAGGAAGCUCAAACAAUGUCGCAAACGCGUUUGUUUUUCUCGCGCAAUCAGUCGUUGUACCAUUAUCGUUAGAGAAAGUAAUAGUUUUAACUAUUUAACUAUCUUUCAAGGAGUCGGAUAAACUCGUGGGGUAACACAUACAAGGAGGACACGUUGCAGUACUCUGAGCUCCGUCUUUAUUCGUCUUCUUCCUCUUUAAAUAUAGUAGCCACACACAUGCACAUAAACUACGCGUUGUUUAUAUAAAUAUAAAUGUAUGGACAAAUACAUUGCUGUAACUAACAAAGUAGCAGUCGAUGUUGUGAUUUAAUUUGAGUUGACUUAAACAAAAUUGUUUAACUCUUAAAGUAAAUUGGCUUCGUUUGCCGAAGCAUCUUCCUGCUUGGUGAAACAAUAAGAGCUUAUUUACAUGAAGUAGCCAAACUGAGCUGAGGAUAUGAUUGCGCAAUACAGUCUUGUAUGAGCUCAUGGUGUUCCAAGCUGAACAGCAGUAUUGUGAGCAUGUAACUACGCGUCUCUCAGGUAUGACAUAACGAGCUGUCACCUUUCUGCACACAUCCUCUCCCUGGAGCUCUGGUCUGUGGGCUCCACCCACCACCGGACAUUUAAAGGCUCUUGAUUCACAGGGAUUUCCUGAUUUCUAGUUUUCGUCCAGCUCUCCUUCUGCGAGACGUAAACAUGUUUGUCUUGAACUUGUUUUCCGCGACCACCUGGACUUUGCUGGCACUCGUGUUCGGCCUUUUAUUGCUGUAUGGCAUUUGGCCAUAUAGUCUAUUAAAAAAACUGAAAAUACCGGGACCGAGGCCCUUCCCGUUUAUUGGAACAUUUCCAUACUUUAGAAAGGGAUUAAUUUCUUUUGACGGUGAAUGUCAAGCCAAGUACGGGGACGUCUGGGGGUUGUUUGAGGCACGAUUACCAGUUAUAAUGGUAGCAGACCCUGAGAUUAUUAAAACCGUGAUGGUGAAGGAAUGCUACUCUACGUUCACCAACCGCAGGGAAAAUAUACUUGCAGGACCUAUGACUGAUGCAAUUACAGCAGUUAAAGAUGAGAGGUGGAAAAGAAUGCGCAGCACUUUAUCACCGUGCUUCACCAGUGGAAGACUGAAACAGGUUUUUCCCAUCGUGGCUCGCUAUGCAGACCGACUCGCCGAAAAACUUGGACAAAUGCAGUUGGAUGAACCUCUGGAUAUCAAAACAUUCGUGGCCCCUUAUAGUUUAGAUGUUGUGACCAGUGCCUCCUUCAGUGUUGAGUCAAACUCCAUAAACAAUCCAGAUGACCCACUUAACAUUCACCUCAAGAAGAUCCUUAACUUCAGACUGUGGCCUUUCUUUCUACUAAUGGUAUUUCCCUUUGGCGCCCGUUUGCUGGAGCUCCUGAAAAUUGAGGUCAUGCCCCGUCUCAGUGUGGAUUAUUUCUACAACAUCAUCAAGAUCUUUAAAGACCAGCACGGGGCCGAGGACUCUAGUCGAGCGGACUUCCUGCAGGUGAUGACGCAGAACGAGAUUCCAGAAACGGACAUAAAGAGUGAACAAGAUCAGCCGAGUAAAGGUUUGACUGAGCACGAGAUCCUUUCCCAGGCUUUAAUUUUCAUCUUUGGCGGCUACGAGACCACCAGCGUCACUCUCACAUACAUCCUUUACAAUCUGGCCACCAACCCCGAUGCGUUGCAGACCUUGCUGGAGGAAAUCGACGCCAACCUACCGAGAGACGCUCCACUUCGAUACGAGGAUGUGGUCGGUCUGGAAUACCUGGACCAGGUUUUGUCUGAGUCUCAGCGUUUGAUGCCCACUGCACCUCGGCUUGAGAGGGUGUGCAAAAAAACUACCCAGGUGCACGGCCUCACCAUCCCCGAAGGAGUCAUGGUCACCGUUCCAGUGCACCUGUUACACAAGGACCCGCGCUUUUGGAGCUCACCUGAGCUUUUCAGGCCCGAGAGGUUCAGUAAAGUCGGUGGGGAGGAGGUGAACCCGUACGCGUACCUGCCGUUCGGGCUCGGCCCUCGUAACUGCGUGGGGAUGCGCUACGCUAUCCUCACCAUGAAGACGGUUCUACUCCGCCUCCUGCAGACUUACACCGUGGAGACGUGCAAAGACACCGUGAUUCCGAUGGAGUUUAAUUGGAUGGUCCAACCCAAACAGCCAAUAAAACUCAAGUUUGUGCCAAGACAAUAGUAAUUUU